UAAAAAACGGUGCGUUUUGUUCACGCAAUUCAGAGCAAGAACUGGAACUGAAGAAGGGUUUACUGAAGAACUGGAUUGCAGUGAAAACCUUCUUCCCUCUCUUUCAUUCUCUUCCGCCAUGAAAGUCCUCAUUCAGCUCGUUUCUGGGAAAAACAGGUCCCUGCUCCGAGGUUUGGGUCGGAGGUACUUUGCCGCAUCAACUGAAGACUAUGCUAAGCGAAACUACGCCAACAAUGUCUCUGAGUACAACACUGUCGUCCAAUCUCUCACCGCUAAACGCAGGUAUUAUCUGCUGAGGGAUGUUUACGAUGAUAUGAUGCUAGACGGGGUACAACCCACGACGGAUGUAUUCCAUUCGCUAAUGGUUGGGACCAUGAGGGGGGCUUCUUUGGAGGAUGCUAUGUUCUUCCGUGAGGAAAUGAAGACCAUGGGGAUGCCACCAGAUGUUAAUUUGUACAAUUUUCUGAUCUCAACAUGUGGUAAAUGCAAGAACUCAGACCUGGCAAUUCGGAUUUUGGAAGAAAUGAAGAGAUAUGAAGUAAAACCGAAUGGACAAACUUAUAUUUGUCUACUUAAUGCAUGUGCAGCAGCUGGGCGAUUAGAUCGAGUGUAUGCAAUUGUCCGUGAUAUGACUGCAGCAGGUGCUGGUUUGAACAAGUUCUGCUAUGCAGGACUUAUAACUGCGCACAUGAACAAGAUUCCUAGAACUGAGGAUGUAGCAGCCAAAAUAAUUGAGCUUAUAGAGCAGUCAAAAGGUUGGUCUGUUGACCCUACACGUAGCAAUGCUGAAAAUGUGAUGCUGGGUGUUAGCGAAGAAGAGUUGUAUAAUAUGCCAACUGCUGAAUAUGCUCACAGGACUCGAUUUUUGAAUAAGCAGCUAACUGUAUAUCAUGUUGCACUCAAUGCCUGUGCAGAUCUUAAGAAUGUAGAGGCAAUGGAAACUAUUUUGGAGAUGCUUAAGAAGGAUGGAAAAGAUACUGAUGGUUUUAUUGCCAUGCAAACUAUGAGAUGCUAUCUACAUUCUGGAGAUAUUGAUCGUGGUCUUAAAACUUUUGAAGACUACAUGAGUUCAGGGAAGAUCCCGGCUGCAGAGCUAUAUGUGUGAAGGGGCUAACUCCAAC